CCUUCUUCACUCUCUGUUAAUUCCACAAACAAGAAAGAAAAAAAAAAAAAAAUUGAAGUACAGAGAAAUGAUCCUUCUCUCACUUCUUCUCCAUCUUCUUCUUCAUCUCCUCAACACUUCUCCUUCACUUUCUCUUUCCCCCGACGGUCUCGCUUUACUCUCACUCAAAUCCGCCGUCGAUCAAUCUUCCUCCUCCUCCUCCCCUUUCUCCGAUUGGAACGAUAACGAUUCCGAUCCUUGUCGUUGGUCUGGAAUCUCUUGUAUGAACAUCUCAGACUCUUCUAACUCUCGCGUCGUUGGAAUUUCCCUCGCCGAAAAAUAUCUCCGUGGCUAUAUCCCCUCGGAGCUUGGCUCGCUUGUUUACCUCCGCCGUCUUAACCUCCAUAACAACGAGCUUUUCGGUUCGAUUCCGACUCAGUUAUUCAACGCGACGUCGCUUCAUAGUCUCUUCUUAUACGGAAACAAUCUCUCUGGUUCUCUCCCUCCUUCGAUCUGUCACCUUCCAAAGCUUCAGAAUCUCGAUUUGUCUGGUAAUUCACUCUCUGGAACUCUUUCACCGGAUCUCAACAAGUGUAAACAGCUUCAACGGUUGAUCCUUGCCGGCAACAACUUCUCCGGUGAAAUUCCUGGUGAAAUCUGGCCGGAAUUGAAGAAUUUAGCUCAGCUUGAUCUCUCUGCUAACGAAUUCACCGGCGAAAUCCCUAAAGAUAUCGGAGAACUUAAAUCUCUCUCUGGUACUUUAAAUCUCUCUUUCAACCAUUUAUCCGGCGAAAUCCCUAAAUCUCUAGGGAAUCUACCUGUUACAGUCUCUCUUGAUCUCCGGAACAACGAUUUCUCCGGCGAGAUUCCUCAAUCUGGUUCAUUCUCUAACCAAGGACCAACCGCAUUUCUCAACAAUCCGAAAUUAUGUGGAUUCCCUCUCCAGAAAUCUUGUAAAGACAGUGAUGAGAACUCACCGGGAACUCGAAAGUCGCCGGAGAAUAAUGCGGAUUCUAGAAGAGGGUUAAGUACUGGAUUAAUCGUGUUGAUCUCGGUGGCGGAUGCAGCAAGUGUAGCUUUAAUCGGACUGGUGUUAGUUUACUUGUACUGGAAGAAAAAAGACUCUGAGGGAGGUUGUAGCUGUACAGGGAAUGAGAAGCUCGGUGGUUCGGAGAAGGGGAAAGCGUGUUGUUGUAUCGCGGGGUUUCCGAAAGGAGACGAUUCGGAAGCGGAAGAUAAUGAGAGAGGAGAAGGUAAAGGAGAUGGAGAGCUUGUAGCAAUUGAUAAAGGGUUUUCGUUUGAGCUUGAUGAGUUGCUUAGAGCUUCUGCUUAUGUGUUGGGGAAGAGUGGGUUAGGGAUAGUGUAUAAAGUGGUGCUAGGGAACGGUGUUCCGGUGGCUGUAAGGCGACUUGGGGAAGGAGGAGAACAGAGGUAUAAAGAGUUUGUUACGGAGGUUCAAGCUAUGGGGAAAGUGAAGCAUCCUAAUGUGGUUAAGCUAAGAGCUUAUUAUUGGGCUCCUGAUGAGAAGCUUUUGAUCAGUGACUUCGUCAACAAUGGAAGUUUAGCUGAUGCUCUUAGAGGGAGGAAUGGUCAACCAUCACCGAGCUUAACAUGGUCAACGCGUCUAAAGAUCGCAAAAGGAGCAGCACGUGGGCUAGCUUAUCUACACGAGUGUAGUCCAAGGAAAUUGGUACAUGGCGACGUCAAGCCUUCCAACAUUCUUCUUGAUUCAUCUUUUACUCCUUACAUCUCCGACUUCGGUCUCACACGUCUCAUUACCAUCACCGCCCCUUCCGCCUCCUCUAACGAACCUUCUUCCUCCUCUGCCGCGGGGGGUUUCUUAGGUGGAGCUCUACCUUACACUUCCAUCAAACCCUCUGAUAGAUCUAACGGCUAUAAAGCACCUGAGGCCCGUCUCCCUGGAGGGAGGCCCACUCAGAAAUGGGACGUCUAUUCCUUCGGUGUUGUGCUUAUGGAGCUUCUCACUGGGAAGUCUCCGGAAUCUUCUCCGUUAAGCUCCUCCUCGUCGUCUACGGUGGUUGUUGAGGUGCCGGAUUUGGUGAAGUGGGUGAGGAAAGGGUUUGAAGAGGAGACUCCCUUGUCGGACAUGGUUGAUCCCAUGUUACUUCAAGAAGUUCAUGCCAAGCAACAAGUCUUGUCCGUCUUUCAUUUAGCUCUCGCUUGUACUGAAGGUGACCCUGAAGUUCGUCCACCCCUAUACUGGAGAAUCCACGGCGGGUACUGGCGCCAAAUCAUAAUUCGUGGUUCCGGUCAAAGUCUCGGCGAAGCAGCCAUGGCGGAUUCUCAGUCUGGUUCCAAUGUUUUCAGUUUAAGGAUUGUUUCAAUAGAUUACUACAUGGCUUCUCCGAUCCCUGGUUAUGAUAUUUGCUACAGUAGCUUCCAAGGUGGUGAGGUAAACGAAGUCCCUGUUAUAAGGAUAUAUGGUUCUACACCUGCUGGUCAGAAGACUUGCUUGCACAUUCAUCGUGCUUUACCAUAUCUCUAUAUUCCAUGCUCGGAGAUUCCACCUGAGCAUCAUAAAGGAGCUGAUGGAAGUACACUUGCUUUAUCCCUAGAGUUAGAGAAGGCUCUAAAGCUUAAGGGCAAUGCUGCUUCAAAAAGGCAACAUGUCCAUGAUUGUGAGAUUGUUAGAGCAAAGAAGUUUUAUGGGUACCACUCAACUGAGGAGGCUUUUGUGAAGAUUUAUCUCUACCAUCCACCCGAUGUGGCUCGUGCUGCCAGUCUUCUUCUGGCAGGUGCUGUUCUUGGUAAAAGUUUGCAGCCUUACGAGUCUCAUAUUCCUUUUAUUCUCCAGUUUCUGGUUGAUUAUAAUUUGUAUGGAAUGGGUCAUGUGCAUAUAUCAAAGAUGAAGUUCCGUAGCCCAGUGCCUCACCAUUUCCUUCCAAGGAGAUUUGAUUUGGAAGAUUGUGCGGGACAAAGGAUUGACGAAGUGGCUAUAACAAAGCAGGCAAAUUCAAGUGCUGCUGCAAGCGUCAGUUUUCCUGUUUGGAGGUUGUCAACAAUCCCAGGUCAAUGGAUGUGGAAUAUCUCUGAAGAAUCUGAUACACCGUUGAGCCAGAGCCAGCAUAGGCACUAUUACAGACGUCAGAGUCUCUGUGAACUUGAGGGAGAUACUACUAUUACUGAUAUUCUCAAUCAACAGUUUAAAAUGUACAACUCCCUUUCACAAGCCCAGUCUGAUACUAACAUGGUUCAGUCGCUUGUGGCAAUUUGGGAGGAGGAAUAUGAAAGGACUGGCGUGCAUGAUGCACCUAUACCUCCUGAUCCUGACAAACCAUCUGCAGCUGAUGUGUUGAAGACUAUGUCAGAUUAUGUUGGGUUUGAGAAUAUGCUUAAAGAAAUGCAUAACGAAGUUGACUUGUCCCAGUUUGAUAUGAAACCUACUGCAGUAUCUUCAGCCGGUCCAGAUAGGCAUGCCAAACCUGAAAUUAGUGAUCUGCAGGUUUUGAAUCAUAUGGUUGGUACAAGCAGUAAGUUUCCUGCAUCAGAACAGCUUUCUCCACUUGGUGAGAGGAGUGGAGAAGCAUCAAUGGAAAAUAAUGAAUAUAUGAAAACACCCACGGACAGAGAUACACCUGCUGAAAUACAAGAUGCUGAAGCCUUGGGUCUCUUUAAGUGGUUUGCCUCAUCCCAGGCUGCAGAGGACAUAAACUCUGAUGAUGAAAUUCUCCGGGAAACUAUCCUUAGUCCUCUUCUGCCUUUAGCUUCCAUUAAGAAGGUUCUUGAAAUGGCUAGUACAGAUUAUGUGAGCCAAUCCCAAAAGGAAUGUCAAGACAUUCUUGAUUCUCAGGAAGAUUUACCAGACUUCGGGAGUUCGACAAAGAGAGCUUUACCUAGUAAUCCUGAUAGCCAGAAUCUUAUAACUUCAUCAGACAAACAAUCUCUUGAAACAGAAGUCGCUAGUGAUGUUCCAGAUAUCUCCACUUCAAAUGGCGCAAGCGAAAAUUCAUUCCAGAGAUACAGAAAGAGUGAAGUAAUGGAGAAUAAGAACAGGAGCUACUCUAAGAGCAACAAGCCUAGCAACUCAGUAUGGGGACCUUUACCUUUUACACUGACCAAAAAUCUUCAGAAUGACUUUGACAGUACAAAUACUAGUGAUAAACUUGGUUUAACAAAGAUUAAUUCAGACCACCCCAUGAAUGAGACGACAGACAAAUAUAAUGUUCCAGUCAAAGAACAUCAAGCAGAUGUUUGUAAUUCGAUUGACAGAAACGUUUUGGCUGGAUGUUCUCUGCGGGACUUGAUGAGGAAAAAACGGUUAUGCCAUGGAGAGUCGCCUGUUUCACAACAUAUGAAAUUUAGAAAGGUUCUGCCACAGUCUAGAGAUUCACCACACGGGGAAAAAAAGCAGUGCACCUUGAGAUCUGAGGCCGAAAAACAAGGUCCUGCUCUUUCUGCAGAAUUUAGUGAAGUUGAUUAUGGCGAUGCUCCUUCAACUUUAUCUCCUAUAGAUGAUGGAACUUGCGAGUGUAAUAUAUCCACUCAGAUGACUGAACUUCAUUCUGUUGGUAGAUGUUCGGCUAAAGAGACAGCAUUUCAAAACAGUGAUGAAGUUGCAAGGAAUUUUUCAUUUACCACUGUUCCACUUGGUAAGGAUCCACAAACUGUGGAAUCAGGAACAUUAGUGUCUAGCAAUAAACUUCUUGGGAUUGAAAUAGAUGAUGUCCAAAAAUCGGGGAGGGAGCAAGAGUCAACUGCCAAUGAAAUUGUUGAGACAGGAAGAUUAAUAUGCCUAACCUUAAGCAAGAAGCCUCCUUCUGUGGAUUGCCUAAGUUCUGGACUGCACGAUUCUGCACAUUCUCACGAUAUUCUCGCCCAAUUUCAUCAUGCCAGGGAAAAACAGCAUGAUGGAUGUGAGGGAAAUUCCAAGGACAUCCCAUUUUUUCCCUUGGAGGACACCGAAAUCAACAAGGAUGGAAAGAAACACUUUUUCCAAGGAGCUUCCCUUGGUAUUCCCUUGCAUCAUCUCAAUGACGGCUCAAAUCUUUACCUACUGGCCCCUGCCUUGUCACCCCCUUCUGUGGAUUCUGUUUUACAAUGGAUAUCAGAAGACAAAGGUCCAGGAGACUAUGAUAUUGAUUCAGAAAAACAACCAUUAGAAGAUGAUCAUAUUGAUCGUGGGGCAAGUUUCACUGAUCUUGCUUCUGCAUCUGAUGUGGUGUCUGUGUCUGAGCACGUGGAGCAGCAUAAUAACGUUUUUGUGAAUUCAGAAUCAAAUACUUAUACAGAGUCUGAGAUAGAUCUGAAACGCAGAGGAACGUUUCUUAAUCUUAACUCUCAGAUUUCCCAAGAGAUGUCUCAGAUUUCAGGUCCUGAUGGGAAAUCAGGGCCCACUCCCUUAAGUCAAAUGGGAUUCCGAGAUCCUGCAAGCAUGGGGGCUGGGCAACAACUUACAGUGCUGAGUAUAGAGGUUCAUGCAGAGUCUAGAGGGGACCUGCGACCUGAUCCACGAUUUGAUUCUGUCAAUGUCAUAGCUCUCGUCGUGCAGAAUGACGAUAGUUUUGUGGCUGAAGUAUUUGUGCUUUUAUUUAGUCCAGAUAGCAUUGAUCAGAGAAAUGUUGAUGGCCUAUCUGGGUGCAAGUUUUCUGUAUUCCUUGAAGAGAGGCAACUAUUCAGUUAUUUUAUUGAGACUUUAUGUAAAUGGGAUCCAGAUAUUCUUCUGGGCUGGGAUAUACAGGGUGGAUCCAUUGGUUUUCUAGCUGAAAGGGCUGCCCAGCUUGGCAUAAGAUUUCUCAAUAAUAUAUCUAGGACGCCAUCUCCGACCACGACAAAAGAUUCAGAUAAUAAGAGAAAGCUUGGUAAAAAUCUGCUGCCAGAUCCUUUGGUAGCUGAUCCUGCUCAAGUAGAAGAAGUGGUAAUUGAGGACGAGUGGGGCCGCACACAUGCUAGUGGUGUUCAUGUUGGAGGUAGAAUUGUUCUCAAUGCAUGGCGUUUGAUUCGCGGGGAAGUUAAACUCAACAUGUACACAAUUGAAGCUGUGUCGGAGGCUGUUUUGAGGCAAAAGACUCCAUCCAUCCCCUAUAAAGUAUUGACAGAAUGGUUUUCAAGUGGUCCUGCGGGGGCAAGAUAUCGAUGCAUAGAAUAUGUGGUUCGCCGAGCAAAUUUGAACCUUGAGAUAAUGAGUCAACUUGACAUGAUAAAUCGUACGUCAGAACUUGCUCGUGUUUUUGGCAUAGACUUUUUCUCAGUUCUCUCCCGAGGUUCCCAAUACAGAGUGGAAUCUAUGCUUUUGAGAUUAGCACACACACAAAAUUAUCUUGCUAUAUCUCCAGGAAACCAACAGGUUGCUUCUCAGCCAGCUAUGGAAUGUGUACCUCUUGUGAUGGAACCAGAAUCUGCCUUCUACGAUGAUCCUGUUAUUGUGUUGGAUUUUCAAUCUCUUUACCCUUCAAUGAUUAUAGCAUAUAAUCUGUGCUUUUCUACUUGUCUUGGAAAACUUGCACAUUUGAAGAUGAACACCCUUGGGGUCAGCUCAUACUCUCUAGACCUUGGUGUUCUUCAGGAUUUAAAACAAAUCCUGCAGACCCCAAACAGUGUGAUGUACGUGCCACCAGAGGUGCGCAGAGGAAUUUUACCAAGGCUGCUAGAGGAAAUUCUAUCUACAAGAAUAAUGGUGAAAAAAGCAAUGAAAAAGUUGACUCCUUCAGAAGCAGUUCUUCGCCGGAUAUUUAAUGCGAGGCAGCUUGCUUUAAAGCUGAUAGCAAAUGUUACUUAUGGCUAUACUGCUGCUGGCUUCAGUGGUCGAAUGCCUUGUGCAGAGCUGGCAGAUAGUAUUGUCCAGUGUGGUCGUAGCACACUUGAGAAGGCUAUUUCGUUCGUCAAUGCCAAUGAUAGUUGGAACGCUAGAGUUGUAUAUGGUGACACUGAUAGUAUGUUUGUCCUCCUCAAAGGACGAACUGUAAAAGAAGCUUUUGUAGUCGGACAAGAGAUUGCAUCUGCAAUAACUGAAAUGAAUCCACACCCAGUCACUUUAAAGAUGGAGAAAGUCUAUCACCCUUGUUUCCUUCUUACAAAGAAGCGCUAUGUUGGGUACAGUUAUGAAAGUCCCGAUCAGAACGAGCCUAUAUUUGAUGCAAAAGGUAUUGAAACUGUUCGAAGAGACACUUGUGAAGCUGUUUCAAAAACUAUGGAGCAAUCGUUGAGACUCUUUUUUGAAAAGAAGAGCAUCUCUAAGGUUAAGUCUUACUUGUAUAGACAGUGGAAGCGGAUACUAUCAGGGAGAGUGUCUCUACAAGAUUUUGUUUUUGCAAAAGAAGUUCGGUUGGGGACUUAUAGCACAAGAGACUCUUCACUCCUUCCUCCAGCUGCUAUUGUGGCAACCAAAUCAAUGAGAACAGACCCUCGGACAGAGCCACGCUAUGCGGAACGAGUGCCUUAUGUUGUGAUCCAUGGGGAGCCAGGAGCUCGACUUGUUGAUAUGGUGGUGGACCCACUAGUUCUUUUGGACAUUGAUACACCCUACCGAUUGAAUGACUUAUACUACAUCAACAAACAAAUUAUACCAGCUUUGCAAAGGGUAUUUGGACUCGUGGGUGCAGACUUAAACCAGUGGUUCUUGGAGAUGCCCCGUCUCACCAGAAGCUCCCUUGGUCAACGUCCCUUAAGCUCUAAAAACUCACACAAAACGAGAAUUGAUUAUUUUUAUCUCUCGAAACAUUGCAUCUUGUGUGGGGAAGUUGUUCAAGAAUCUGCUCAGCUAUGCAACCGGUGCCUCAAAAAUAAAAGUGCUGCUGAUGCAACCAUUGUUUGGAAGACUUCAAAAUUGGAGAGAGAGAUGCAACACCUAGCCACGAUAUGCAGACACUGUGGUGGGGGAGACUGGGUGGUGCAAUGCGGAGUGAAAUGCAAUUCCCUUGCUUGCUCAGUCUUUUACGAGAGACGGAAAGUUCAGAAAGAGCUUCGUGGCCUCUCCUCCAUUGCUACUGAGAGUGAGCUUUACCCUAAAUGCAUGGCUGAGUGGUUCUAACAUAUUCGGAAAAUCAAUUCAAAAACCAGAUUUUGUGCAAACUAUGUGGUCGUAAGUUAUGAGUUCAGGUAUUACGGUCUAUCAUCACCUCGAACUUCGAUUGCUUAUGUUUUAUAUGGUUGUGAUCAAAGAGCAUUUUGCCAAGGACGUGUGAAUGUGUGUAUAGAUAGUAGUAGCAUAGUAUAGUACAGUCACUCACCAUUUUGUUCAAUGAGCGUGUACAUAUCUCUGUGUUGUGUAUUAGCAAUCUUGGAAAAAAACAAUUAUAGUUUU